AUGAACAACAAAGGUCAUAGGAAAAGUGGCGUGACCGAAAGACCACACAGGAUCAAAAAUAUAAAGCAGCGCAAGUGUGGUGGUCUGUCGACCGCGGUCGGGCCGUGCCUCCCUCUGUCGGAACUUACCACAAUGGAUUCUGCUGCUGUGGGACCAGUUUCGAAUUCAAUGAGGAAUACACAAAGAGACUCGUUCAAGAAUCGGACUGAUUUCGCGGAUCGGCUGAAGCAGAUGGCAGAAGAGGAAAGUCUUCUUCAGAACAAGGCUCUUAGAGAAGAAAACGACAGUUUGAAGAAACAGCUCCGAAGUUUGGAAGAGAAAAGUGGUGAAGAACUGAGUCCAAGACCUGACCAAAAGCAAGAAUUAGCUGGUUGUGAGUCGUCUAACAUAGAUUCAGAAUUGGACAAAUCAAUUGUGAUUUCGGGAGUACCAGAAAACCAAUCACCAAAUUCGACGGAUCGCGCAUACCAUGAUCUCCAGUGUAUAUCUUCACUACUAAACUUCCUUGGCGUUGAAUGUCUUCCAAGCUCCGUUUACCGUAUGGGUCUCAACACUAGACCAAGACUACUCAAACUGGUUCUUCCCAACAGUCGCUUUCAAAAGGAAAUGAUCAAGAGAGCUCCACGUCUGCGAUUUUUCCCUCAAAGAGGUGUACAUCCGCCCAUCAUUAACAAAAGAGGAAAGGAUCCGUAG